AUGUUGUCACGUACUGCAGUUCGUAACGUUGCUAGAUUUGCUGCCGGUAACGUAGCAAGAGCCUCUAGAGUUGCAUCCGUCGCUAGACCUGCAACCAUCAUUGCUGGUAGAAGAUACGCAUCUGCCAAGGCUCAACCAACUGAAGUUUCUUCUAUCUUGGAAGAAAGAAUCAGAGGUAUCUCCGGCGAAGCCGAUUUGAACGAAACCGGUAGAGUUUUGUCCAUCGGUGAUGGUAUCGCCCGUGUUUACGGUUUGAACAACUUGCAAGCCGAAGAAUUGGUCGAAUUUUCUUCAGGUGUUAAGGGUAUGGCUUUGAACUUGGAACCAAACCAAGUCGGUGUUGUGUUGUUCGGUUCCGAUAGAUUGGUCAAAGAAGGUGAAUUGGUCAAGAGAACCGGUAGAAUUGUCGACGUUCCAGUCGGUCCAGGUCUAUUGGGUCGUGUCGUUGACGCCUUGGGUAACCCAAUUGACGGUAAGGGACCAAUUGACUCUGUUGGCCGUGUUCUUGCUGAAGUUAAGGCCCCAGGUAUUUUGCCAAGAAGAUCCGUCCACCAGCCAGUUCAAACCGGUUUGAAGGCCGUUGACGGUUUGGUCCCUGUCGGUAGAGGUCAAAGAGAAUUGAUUAUCGGUGACCGUCAAACCGGUAAGACCGCAGUUGCUCUAGAUGCCAUUUUGAACCAAAAGAAAUGGAAUAGCACUGUUCCUGAAAGUGAAAAAUUGUACUGUGUUUACGUGGCUGUCGGUCAAAAGAGAUCCACUGUUGCACAAUUGGUCCAGAACUUGGAACAAAACGGUGCUCUAGAAUACUCCGUGAUUGUUUCCGCUACUGCUUCUGAAGCCGCCCCAUUGCAAUACUUGGCUCCAUUCACCGGUGCUUCCAUUGGUGAAUGGUUCAGAGAUAACGGUAGACACGCUUUGAUCUGUUACGAUGACUUGUCCAAGCAAGCUGUCGCUUACCGUCAAUUGUCCUUGUUGUUGAGACGUCCUCCUGGUCGUGAAGCUUACCCAGGUGAUGUUUUCUACUUACACUCUAGAUUGUUAGAAAGAGCUGCUAAACUAAACGAAAACCACGGUGCAGGUUCUCUAACAGCUUUGCCGGUUAUUGAAACUCAAGGUGGUGAUAUCUCCGCUUAUAUUCCAACUAACGUUAUCUCCAUUACUGAUGGUCAAAUUUUCUUGGAAGCUGAAUUGUUCUACAAAGGUAUCAGACCAGCUAUCAACGUCGGUAUGUCUGUGUCUCGUGUCGGUUCUGCUGCCCAAGUUAAAGCUUUGAAACAAGUUGCAGGUUCUUUGAAAUUGUUUUUGGCUCAAUACAGAGAAGUUGCUGCAUUCGCCCAAUUCGGUUCCGAUUUGGACCCAUCCACUAAACAAACCUUGGUUAGAGGUGAAAGAUUGACCCAAUUGUUGAAACAAGCUCAAUACGCUCCAUUGGGUGUCGAAGAAAUGGUUCUAGUCAUCUACGCUGGUACCAACGGUUACAUCGAUAACGUUGAAGUCAACAGAGUCAACGAAUUCGAACAGGCUUUCUUGUCCUUCGUCAAGACCAACCACAACGAUCUUUUGACUUCCAUCAGAGAAAGAGGUGAAUUGGAUGACGAACUGUUGGCUAAGAUGAAGUCCGUCACCGAAUCCUUCGUCGCCACUUUUUAA